UUCCCUUUUGUGUAAGUUUGGUAGUGGCCCGAGAGAGUUGACUACCUCUCUGGCUGCACCCGUCGCACAGGGGGGUGAGAGGGGAGACAGAGAGGGGAGAGGACUUGCCAAAGGUCAUGCAGCAGAUCAUAUUGACUUUACACAGACAAUGAUCCCAAAGGCCGUACGAUAAUUGCUGAAGAACUGCCAAGAAAGAAGGCACAUUGAGGAUUGUACUGAAGCAGGAGAGGGGAGCAAGGAGGGAGACCAUUCGACUUGUUCCUCUAGUAGUAGCAGCUCUGCAUACACUUUUUGUGGGGCUGUGUCAGUGCCAUCGAAGUCCUAGUUUGCAGGCAACAGCCAGUUCAGCAGUACAUCUGAGACUUCAGGGACAGAAGGAGAAGCUGUGCCAGCAUGGAUAAGGACAGCACGAACCUGACUGACCAGCAGUAUGAAUGUGUGGCUGAGAUUGGCGAAGGAGCCUAUGGGAAGGUAUUCAAGGCCCGAGACUUGAAGAAUGGAGGUCGUUUUGUAGCGUUGAAGCGGGUACGGGUGCAGACAAGCGAGGAGGGGAUGCCGCUCUCCACCAUCCGUGAGGUGGCAGUACUGAGGCACCUGGAGACCUUUGAGCACCCCAAUGUGGUCAGGUUGUUUGAUGUAUGCACAGUGUCACGAACAGACAGAGAAACCAAGCUAACACUAGUGUUUGAGCAUGUUGAUCAAGACCUGACCACUUAUUUGGAUAAAGUUCCAGAGCCUGGAGUGCCUACUGAAACCAUAAAGGAUAUGAUGCUUCAGCUGUUACGAGGGCUGGAUUUUCUGCAUUCACACCGAGUGGUGCAUCGGGAUCUAAAACCACAAAACAUCCUUGUAACCAGUAGUGGACAGAUAAAAUUAGCUGACUUUGGCCUUGCACGAAUCUACAGUUUUCAGAUGGCUCUUACUUCUGUGGUUGUCACUUUGUGGUAUAGAGCUCCCGAAGUUUUGCUUCAGUCCAGCUAUGCAACACCUGUUGAUCUUUGGAGCGUUGGUUGCAUAUUUGCAGAGAUGUUCCGUAGAAAGCCACUUUUUCGUGGAAAUUCAGAUGUUGAUCAGCUAGGAAAAAUCUUUGAUGUAAUUGGACUCCCGGAAGAAGAGGACUGGCCAAGUGAUGUUGCUCUUCCAAGACAUGCUUUCAAUCCCAGACCGCCACAGCCCAUUGAAAAAUUUGUACCGGAUAUUGAUGAGUUGGGCAAAGACUUGAUCCUUAAAUGUUUAGCAUUUAAUCCAGCUAAGAGAAUAUCUGCCUAUGUUGCCCUGUCUCACCCUUAUUUCCACGAUCUGGAGAAAUAUAAGGAGAAUCUGGACACCCAUAUGUCAUCCAGCCAAAACGCCAGUGAAGUUAAUACAUCGUAAGGCUGAUCAGAGAUGAACCUACAGAUGAACAAAACGUGUAGUUGGCAAGGUCACUGUCCAGUAUAAACCAUAGUUGUUUUGCUGAAGAUCAUUAUAUGGAUGAUUUAUGUCUCUGCUUCUCCAGGAUGGUGAUGUGUUUAUCUGAGGAAACCCAUGUAGUUUACUUCCAUCAAAGCAAUGCAAGAGCCAGGAUCUCCACCUGCUGCCAUUGCAGCUUUAUGGUUUUUGGUUUGUGUUUUUUUUUUAACUACCUGCAAACUCCAGAUGAAGAGAAGCUGCUGACCAGUUUUGCUGCCAUUUUUUUCUUUUUAACAUUGGAUGCUGCCAUUGUGGAGUAGAAUAAUCCAGUCACUGCCAAAACCUGAUGCGAUGUUUCCCUCUAGCUGCUGAAGCACGAUUUGGAAUUUUUUUUAUUAUUCUGUGAUUGCUCUAAGUGAUAUGUAAAAGUAUGGAAUUAAAAUAUUGGAUCUCUACAAUCUGCAGUUAAUGCAUCUAGCUACUGUUGGUGAUAUACAAGGAGGCAUCCCCUCAGCUGAAAGUCUGGACAGAUGAUUUUAUUAUUUCACUGUUUUCCAUACAAAUAGGAUGCUAAUAAUAAGUUAUAUCUCAAUGUUUAGGUGUUUUGCUAUAUAAACCAGCUAUUACCUAGAUGAGUUUGUGCGCAUGGUGCAAAAUCAAGGUUUUUUGAAGAAAAAAAAUUUAGGGAUCUACUCUCUCUAAACACUUUUUAGUUUGCAAAUAUAUUGGAUUUGCUCAAUUUGAGCCAAAAUCAGUGCAGUCUAGCUCUUUAUUCCUCUCUCAGAACACGUAUAUGUUCCAUGAUCUAGUUCAUAAAUUUAUGAUACAUAACUCAAAGAUGUAACCAGAGUGGAUGAAAGUCUAUACAGGUUUUUCCUUUUUAACGUGAACUUAUUACCAACCAAAAGAGGAGCUCACAGAAAAUAUUUGACUUUCGAGAAGGACAGUUACACAUACAUACUACGUUGGAUGCUGCAUACUGUGCUGCUUUAACUGGAUCACAUCACCACAUCGUUCCUUGCAUCAUAGUACAUGAAUAUUACUGUCACAGGACCCUUCGUAUUUAAUUCUUAGCAGAUUUGCUCAAUGCAGAAAUGCAUGAGCCUCCUUCCUGCGCUACCAACACAAAUUCUUUCUCCCUGCUAGUGUUAAUGUGCCAUUAUUGAAAGUCAACAUAACUAAAUAAUUCACAUGCCCUUUAGCACAGUUAUUUUAGAUAUUACAUUAAAUGUUUAUAUUUCAUAUUUUUACCUGAACUAAAAUAUAUUUUCAUUAUUUAAAAAAAAAUUUUAAUUUUUUUAGUACUGUGUGAAAAAGGAGUAUUUGUAACCCAUUCUGGCUUUUCCCUGACCGAACUUUAGUGCAGUUGCCUGGAUAAAGCUUGAGGGAAAAACUGGCUUAAGUUAGAUAUACACACUAUUGUAAUAUGAAUAAGAAUGAUAUUUGUGGCAGCUAGCAAUGCUUACUUUUACAAUGGUUCUUCUUAGGCUAUCCUACCUUCCUUGUCUUUGUUUCAUCUGAUCCAGCUACUGAGCCGAGCAUGUCUCCUCACACUCAGCAUGCUUGCCAGCAGUAGGUCCCUAGUAUCAAGCUAGGCAAUAUAUUUUUCUACCUAUAACACAUGAACCUGUGGCUGUCUCUGUGGCAGAUUUCUCACUCAUGUAGUAGACUGGCUGUUGGGGCAUAUUUCACUGUUACCUCUAUUUUGGAUAUCUGCAUUAUCUGACACAGGGGUCAGCAACUCCCCAGCACGUAUGCAUGAGGCCAUUUUGCUUGGCAUGCCACUGCCGGCCCGGGUUCUGGGCAGCUGCUGCCAGCCACAGAGCCCAGGCUGCUUGCAGCAGAUCUGGAGCCCUGGCUCAGCUCUGUGGCCAGCAGUAGCUGCGCAUGUACCUUGAAGCGCGUGGCGAGGAAGGGGCCUGGGGCAGCACAGCCACUGCUGGCAUGUGUGCAGCUGCUGCUGGCAAUGAGCUGAGCUGGGGCUUCAGACCCAGGUGCGGUUGCUUGCAGGGUUAUGGCUGCCUGCUGCAAGCAGCCCAGGCUCCAUGAUGAGUGGCAGAGGUGCAAGUGUGAUAGAUGGCAACACUGCAAGCAGCUGCACUGGGGUCUGAAGCUCCAGCCGGGCUCAUUGCUGGCAGUGGCUGCACAUGUGCCUCUGGGAGCAUGACAGGGAGGGGACUGGGUCUGCGCUUCCACAACAAGGAUCAGGCCCCUCAUGGCUACCCCGCCAUCCACCCCUGGCAUGCCAAUAUCUUCCAAGUCCAGGUUGUGGGGGGUUUUGGCACGCGGCCCAAAAACAUUGCUGAUUUCUCAUCUACCUACCACAUAAGCUGCUGCUAAACUAGAGAAUGGUUUUAGCUACCUUUUGUGAUGAUGUUUCUAUCCUGUUACACAUUUAAGAGUAAGACUUAGGUUGAAUUACUUCUGCUUUAUAUAUGCCAUAUUUUAAAGGACCAAUUGCACAUACACUGUGCUGUCAGCUGUGCUUUCAGCAUGCCGAAAAUGAUGCCUGUUCCAAAAUAUACAGGCAUGGACAAGUAGGUUGCAAACCAGGCCUGACAAAAGCAUGUGUAAGGCAUCUCUGCAGGGUUCAGACACACUUACUACAGCAUAAGGAUUCUGCAAAGCAGGAGGCUAAAAGGCCAGAAGCAGUGAAGGCAUGAUUCAGCUGGUCUUGGCUUUGCCUACUUCUCUCCCUCAUUUUACAGGUCCAAGGAGAAGAGAGGUACCACUCCCUGAUGUUGCUUCUGAAGUGUGGAGGGUGUUCCACUUGGCUUCUGCAGAAAGGGCUGGCCCGCGUUGAAAAUGUAACCAACCACAACUUUUAUUAGUAGGUUGUUUUAAACACUCAAUUAUUUAAGCAACAAACAAAACAAUAAUCCAAGCUGUUCUUUCUUGCAAGUUACGAGGGGGUAGGGAGGGGAGCUUACAAUUUAGUCACUUUUUAAACUUUCCACGUUUUAUCUAUUACCACAUUAUUAUAGAUACUUCAUCAGAGCACUUCCUGGUAUUAUCCUUUGUCAGCUACCAGAGGACUCUUUCUUAGAUAUGGCAGUUCUGCAAGGGCUAACAUUGGAGGGAGGGAAUGGGAUCAGGGAAACAAUGGUAGGUUUAAAAUUAGCCUAGAAACUCUAAGACACAGACAUUCAUCUAAGACACCACAUUACGUAUCACUUAUUCCCAAACUUGUGCACGGAGAAAAAAUGCAGUUCAUCUUUCACUCUGAUUUAUUCUCAUUCCCUCUUUCCCCUGGUGACUAGGUGUGUGUCUUGCAUACUGCUGCUGCCAUGUGUAUAAGGAGGGAUGGGAAUGUUGGACCUGGAUUUGCAAAAAGGAAGUGCCUGCCUAGACAGGUCCCUUAAAAAGCUAUGAUGAAAAUAGGCCAGACAUCCAAUAAAGAGGGCCCAAGAGCGUAACCCUGCUUAGCCAGGCCUUUGGUCUGUAUGUGUGCUGCAGAAUGAUGUUGACAGCACCCUACAUUCACUGGACAACAGUACAUCUCUUUUUUUAAACUGAAUGACAAAUGUGCAGCUACUUCCUGAGACACCCCUUCAGCCAAACGCUUUGCUCAUUACAGUGAGAUGACCAGGUAUGGGGAGCAGCAGGAAGCUGGAAUUCCUGCCUGCUGCCCAGCAUGGUGUUCAUCUUUUUUUGUGUGCAAAGCGCUCAUCCUUCAGGCCCCUGCCUGGUUCUGCAGGUCAGAAAUUGCUACGGUUAGCCUGGUGUAGCUUACUUGCUGUAGUUGCCUAUGUGCUGUGAAAGUGUCUUCUUCCUCUGCCAAGUCACUGUUGGCCCUAAGUGGCCCCUGAAACAAUUUUCAGAAGCUGAGUGAGUGUCUUUCAGGCUGCAGACCUGUCGCAAUAACAUACAAGUGGUUAUUUGCAUAUGCCAGCAGUAUAAACAGGAGGUCAAGGGAUGCCAACCCCAAAUCUUCCCUUCGUUUUCCUUCUUUCAUCUUUCACAUCUACCCUAGUGGUACUUCCCACAAAACCCCUGUGACCCAAGAAUUCUGCCUCUAUUUUUUGCUGCCACACAACACCCAUCUUUCCUCAUUGCCAGUUAUUGUCUCUUGUGACCAUCAGCCAAAAGGCACUGGUUAAAGAGAACCUCCCCAGGAAUUUCCCAGUUUAACCUAGUCUACCCUAUGGCUACAGCUAACUUCCACAUAACGAUCUUGCCUUAUACGCAACAAGCAACAGUCUAAAGGUAAGCUAUUUGCACCUUUCCUUGUUAGCUGCUUAUCUUUCAGCACACUCAGCUGCCCACUUUGAAAAAUUCAAGCAUGCUUGCUAGUCUGUCUCUGCUCCAGAAUAUGAACAAAUGGCAAUGUGCAUCUUUGCAAAGUUUAAAAAAUGUGGCCUAUGUGUGGGUCUUUAGAAAAAGACACUAGAUAGUAGCACUGAGACUGUGCGCUGGACCCUAUCCACAACCUGGUAUUUAGACUGUAUGUACACUUGAGCUUUCCAUGUGAAGAAAAUGCUGUACCAUGCUGUACUUUUCAUUGCUUCGCUGGUUAUUUUUGAGAACCAUGUCUUAUUGUACCAGGGAUAAUUAUCUCAGUUGCUAGAUACUGCAUCUAUUUUAAUAUAGAAAAAAGGAGGAAAUAUGCCAUAUCAGUUUUUUGCAACAAACAGGGAACGCUUAUCUGACUCACAGCUGAAAGCAUAUUAGAUGAUAUGUAUGUGAAUCAUAAACCACACAGUGUGGUUGCAAAGGCCACAUAAAUUAUGUUCUGUGUAUGAGCUGUAUUUGUAUAAUGAGACAGGUGCAUAAUCUGAAAAUUCUGCUUUUUUGGAACCACUUUGUUAAUAUCUUUCUGAUGCAAUAGUUUCUGAAAUCAAUUGAUUUUUCCUAAUGUAAGAUGUGAAUUAUAACAUACAUACAUACAUACAUAUAUAUAUAUAUACAUACACACACACACACACACACACACAUAUAUAUAUAUGCUGUAAAUAUGAACCCUCCUCAUAUUAUACUUUUCUUUGCAAUUCAAAUUUUUUACUUCCAGUUAAACGCUUUGUCUCAGUCCCACUGACAGAAUAAUUAGAAUUAUACCUAGGACAUGAUUUUGUAAUCUUUAAACAGGCAAAACGUCUUCCUCAAUGGACUUUUAAAGGUGUGAUUCAUACAGUAAUUGUCCUGUACAGGACUAUGUAUUCUAGUCUACUUUUAUUUUCACACAUUUUGCUCUGGUGUAGCCAACCUAUUCAUAGAUCAGACAGGAGUACUCAGAAGUAUACUAUUCCUCUGAGGUUCUGUACUAGCUUCCAACAGCACAGUAUCCAGAAGCCUAUCCCUGGUGGUAGGAAGUCUGUGGAAGGGAAGUGCAAGAGCAUAAGGUCUGUGUUAUUUCCCUUUUGUUAGGAUACCUGUAUCUAAUCAGCAUUGCUCACUGGCUAGAAGGGGACAUGACUAGAGCAGCUCUUGUGUGUUACAUUAGCUUCCCUUAAAAUUAAAGCUGCUGGAUAAUUGUUAUCUGCCCGCUGUUUGAGCUGCUUACACUUCCCUGUACACUGAGUGCAGUUCAGUCACUUUGUCAUUUGAAGUGGCAGAUCUUGGAUUGAUUACAAUCUAAGGAAGCCAGCAUUGUUAUUGGACAGCUACCAAACUAUCAAGAAUGCUCUUCCAGAAUGCCCAUAUCACUUCUUGAUGUCAACAGGACUUCACUGUUGACCUUGUAUAUGUAGAAGUUUUCCUUCACAUUAGUAUAUUACAAACAAAGUUCUAGUAAUAUGAAAUCAUGGGGGAGAUUUGCAGAAGUAUUUUUACAUGCACAGCAAAUUAAAAUUUCUAUGCUGAAACCACUAAUUACUAUAACUAUUAACAUGCUAUCAAUCCUGUCUCCAUUUGGAUGUUAAAAUGUAAACAUUUCGGAUAGUGUAGCUUUUUUUGGGUAAGAGAAAAUAUGAGAAACAGUCUCAAAAACUGGAUGUAACAUGGAAUGCCUACAUUCUUGAAUGUGCAUCUUAAAUAAAAAUUUAAUCAUGCAAAAAUAUAUCCACGUUAACAGUUUUAACAGUCUAUUGGCAUUCUUAUAUAUCAUUCAUGUAAUAUCAGAUAUGAAUUAUAUUUAUGUGAAUUUAUUUUUUUAUAUUGUGCUAUACUUUUGGAAAGCAAUAGCUGUAAAUAACUAGUUAGUAGUGUUAAUUCAAUUGCCCUUUAUGGGCCUGAUGAUGGAAUGUGCUGACUGUCCUCCAUUCCUGUGAUUCCUAUUAAAAACUAAGAUUUGUUCUCACAGAUUUAAAUGAGACUGAGUCAGGCCCUAAAUGAGAAAAAUACUCAAGGUGUGUAUGUAUUAACUGGCAAACACACCUCUGUUUUGUGCUUCAGCUUAUCACUUGUUUGUGUUUAACAUUGUGUGCUACUUGCAAUGUGUGCAAAAUAUAUAAGCGCUAAAAGAAAACAAUUGCUAUACUAAUUAGGAAAUUCUACUUUUGCCAAGAAUAUGCAGAGAUAUUAUCAAAAAUGGCGAUUGAGCUUCUGCAAAGACCUGCUGAAGAAAUUUGUCCUUUUAUCCUUAAAAUUAAUGCUUAGAUGCCUAGAUUUUGGAACUGGUCUAAUAUUUCCAUUGAAGUAAUUUCUCCUUUAGAAAAACAUGAUUCUUUUUCAUUCCAGCAGCAACAGUCACCUAGCCAGAGCUGAUUGAAAUAGUAAUGCACCCUCAGAAAUAGCCCUAUGCACACUUUCUGCUUUUCUUAUACUCAGUGGGUGCAUCUACUUGUGAAAUUAAUGUGACACAAUAAACACAAAUGGUUUGUGGCAGAGUUUAUUGCUCCUAGGCAGAGCAUUUGCACGUGUACCUGGGACUAAAGCACACUUAGCCAGUGACACAGAACCUGGCUGGGAGAAGGCCCAAGGGGUCAGCCUACCAACCUGGAGCUACUCCCCCUGAUUCAGUAUGCUGCGGUGGGGCUUGAUGAGGCAUGAAGGCUCAACAGUGUGGGGCUAGCCAGGAGGCAGCCCCCACACUGUAGUACCCUUGUGCCCCAGUCAGCCUGUCACCAUCUACACAUGCAUUGUGGUGGAGUAAACUGUGCCAUAGAAUAGUACGUGUCGGGCAGUACUAUCCUACUGGAGAGUUAAUUGUUUACUCUGGCCGAAUAGCACACCUGGUGGAAAUGAUGAUACUUUACUCUGAAGCAAAUUAGGCAACUCCGCAGUAAGCCUCUCAUAUAGAUGCACCCAGUGGUAGGUAAAGGUGCUCAGCUCUUUGUUUUGCUGACUUAAAGGGCAGAGCCUGCUGUGACUGGAGUCAAGGGAAAAGCUACUACUGACUUCAUCAAGGGCAGGGUUACUUGCAUAACCAUUUCCGUACUAUACACAUGAGAGCAAGUAAUCUCUGUGGGUCUUUCAGUGAUGUGUUUGUAAUAACAUAUAUUAGUAAUUUUUCAGUGGAUUAGAUUAGAUUGUUUAUUUAUAAAUAGCUAAUAGUGUUCCCAGAAAUCUUUAAAGGAACAUGACACAAAACUGAUAUAAAACAAAAACUCUCUCUUAUCUAUCUUAUUUCUUCUAUAUCAGUUUUUCCCCCUUCAGAUAUAAUGUUUUGCUUAUGUUAGAAAAUACAUGAAGGGCUUGGAUUCCAUCUCCCAGGGAUAGUUAAUUCAACUGGAUGCCAAAAGGCAGCAGAAAGAGUAUAACUUGAUAUUGAAUGAUUAUGGUAGAGUAGAUUUUUGUUUAUGAGAGAGGUUAGGAAAAAGAUGUUGCCUGGUUUUAGCGCAGAUGAAAAGGAGAGCAUUUAUAAUGGGAAAAAUGCAAAUACAAGCGUACGAAUUAAGUAUGUAUGAAAAUGGAUGUGUUUUUACAGAACCUGCAAAGUUCAAAUGUUUACAGAAGUUUAUGGAAGAAAUGAAUUGAGAUAAGUUAAUUCUAGCUAGCAAUUUAACAUUGGUUUGCAGUAAAACAAUCUAUACUGUUUCACAGAAAUGAGGGGAAAUAAGUUGAAGUUACACUUGUGAUUCACUGACUUCGCUGUGUGUGUUGAAAUAAUGCAAAAUAUGCCAUACAUUAUAAAAGGGAGUUGUUUCAUGUGCAGAAAAAUACUGAAAAAGUAUCUAUUCCUGUUAAAGUUUAAGUUUGGUCCUGCCAGAUAGUAAAUAGGCCAAUCCAAGAUAGCAUUUAAGAAUAAGCACUGAAACAGUAGUGUUAUUUUAAUGCAGUUGCUCAUAUGCGUGAAUAUUUUGCUUGAUUGGCCCAGACUACUUACUGUCUUGCAGGAUUGAGCAUCGUGCUCAGCCCUUCUACUUGGUUUUAUCCACAGCAGGGCACUCACUGUGCAAGGGGAAGGAGGAGGAAUCCUUAGAAGCUCUACCACAGGUGUGGAGCCUUCAUGGUUUUGUUGUGGAGCCUUCAGGUGUUAGACACCUGUAGUGGUUCUGUUGUGUUUAUACCUUGCAUCUGGAAGAGUGUACAGGACUAAAUCUUGGAACUUGCACUAAGGAUAAGCAAAUAGGCUUGGCAAAAAAUUAGUUUCCACAGUUGCAAGGAAUGGAAACUUCCUCCAUAUCUGCACAUCAGGCUCUAGGUGAUACAGUCACAGAGGUCCCAGCCAGUUGCACCACCCUUGCUUUACCUUCACGUUGUCCCACUGUGGUAUUGUGAAAGGAAUCUUUAGUGAACUGAACCCAUCAAAAGGCUCCCAACAUUUUGCCUCCCUUUAUUCAGAAGAACUUCCUUGGUUCUGCUGCCAGUCAGGAUAUCUGUGACAUGGAGGUUGUGGUGGUUGUAUUUGUCCUUAAAUAUAUUAAUAUUUCAAUUAAAUUCUGCAGGAUGAAAUACUAAAAACAUGCAUUUAAAUUUGUUUCAUAUACUGCUAGGACUUUGAAAAGAAACAUUUCCCCAGUUUUCAAGAACAUCAUUGAUUUGUUCCAUUGUUUUUCCUAGACCCUCACUAGGGUUGUUUUUCCUAGACCCUCACUAGGAAUUGGGAGCGUUAGUAUAUGAAUGGUUUUAUCAAAUGUCCUUUAUCACCCCAACUCCUUUGCAGCCACUUGAGCACUUAUUUCCCCUUCCAGUGACUGUCAGGGAAAUCUCUGAAAUAUACCAGCAUUCUUGUAUGAUUGAUCAUCUCUAGUGUGAAACCUAUAGACCUUAGUCAAAGCUUCUAUUGAGAGAUCUAAAAUGCCUCCCACACAAGCUGCCUUUUGCACUCUUUGUUCUGCUCAGCUGUACUUGAGCAGGUAGCAUGUGCCCCACACUGUCCAAAUGAGAAAGACCUUACUCCUUGCUUGUGUAUCUAUGCUCAUUUUCUUCUGGCUAGCAAUCUGCAUCCAGCUUCAAACUAUAUUCACUAUAUUUUCCUACUCUUGGCUGCUGGCAAUCAGCUGCAGUGCUACUCACUGCUGUACCAGCCCCUGCUCCAACUGUGUGGCAAAAAUCCUAAAAAUAAUCUUAAUCCUUCUUGCCUCAAACUCUUGUAAUACAUCUCCACCUUUGUUUGUCCUGACCUCUACUUUCCAGUCAGAUCUGAUACGACAGGCUAUGUCCAAUGGGCACCUCAAAACAGGUCAGUUUAAUUCCCUGACACUUUACUUUGGGUCAUGCUCCCCAUUGUACUACCUGUGCCCUACUGAACCAUUGUUACUGCCACAUCUUUUGCUGCUGCCUGUGUUUAUCUGGGAAAUUGAGAGAGUGGGAAAUGACAGGUCUUAAUAUGUGGAGAUGAAUGAAAGAAGAAACUUUUAAUAUCUUUGACAUCUCCACUAUAAUUCAUAGCAGUGGUCAGAAGCUACAGGGCCCUGGAGACCAAUCUCCUUUCCUACAUACAGGUGACCCCUCUUCAAAGCAAUGAUGGGAGUGUGGUGCAGCAAUCUGCAUUAAGACUGUGCUUUUAAAAAGGACUGAGUCUGGUCAUGUUGGAGAAGGGUUUAGAAAAGGGUUGUUAACCACACAAUUUUUACAAGCACUACAGUUGCUGCUUUGUCAGUAAAUAACAAUUACUUAAAAAUAAAGAAGAUCCAAAGCUGUCAUUCUUUUUCUAUUAGCAUAUAGGAAAUGCUUUCUGCAAGAGAGGAUCACUUUGGCACUUCAGGCAAGCUGAGGUACCUACCCACUUUUUUUCUCUCCAGUCUGUAAUUUCUUUCUGAAGUUCUUUUUAGAUGCUCAGAUUCAAAUAUUGUGUUCUGAUUGGUUUAAAUUCUGUGUUUCUGCCACUGGAUAUCUUUUUGGCUUUGCAUUUCAUGUAAUACAUAGCUAUAUUACUUCGAACAGCUUUAAAAGUAUACUGUCUUGGAAUAUUAUUAUUAAUGAAAAAUCAUACAUUCAAAAUUAUGUCUUGUAAGGCAGUAUAUAAUGUGGGAGUGUUCCUUAUAGCUCCUGAAAGCACCACAAUAUAUUUUAAUCUGCAUGCCUAUCUACAUUUUACAUAAUAGUGCAUAUUUGUGUUUCCUCAUUAGCUUAAUUUUGUUUAAUCAGAGGGCCAAAUAAUGGAAACACAUGCAUACGAGUAACUUAAUUCACCUGAACAGUCCCAUUGGACUAAAAGAAGCAACUUGGGUGAAUAAGACUCAUAGACUGUGUUCACAGAUAAAGGUCUUUGUAACUGGUUGUAAUAGUGAGGACACCUGGUUAGUAACAGCACCCAAACACCAGUUAGUGGAGUCACUGUUUAUUGAAAACAAGGACACAUUUAUAUCCACAUUAUUCAACAUUAAUAUAAAUUAUUGUCAUUGUAUUUCAUGUAUGGUAUUUGUUAUGGAAACACAUUAGUUCUGUGAAAAGCAUAGGGUUAUUUUUUUUAUUUGCAUAUGGCAUUCAUUUUAGUUGUCAAGGUGAAACUCAUUUCAUAGGCAAACAGAGAAUAAGGAAACGAAUUCCUAAAUCAGCCGUGUAUUGUAUAUGUGAAUUUUGCAACUAGAGACAAAGUUUGUUCAGAUGUAGUAUUCUAUUUAGGCUAUUUUUGUUUGUUUCACUAUGUAAAGGAAUGAGCAAAUUAAUUCCAAAGUGUUAUUGUAGAGCUAAAUUUACACAUAGUGUAAUGUAUUGCAGGGGAUCAGGGCGCGCUGUCUGAAAAAUUAAAAUUAGAAAACAUUGCAUAGGCUGCCUUUUUGACUUUACUUUGUUUGCAGUAGUUCUGAUAGAUACCAGUCAGUGACAGAUGCUUAAACCAGUGCCUGAGUUUGCCUGGCUUCUUGCCAUUAAAAUAAGUUUUAGAAAUGAUACAAUCGCUUUUGUGGUUUUGUACAUGUUUCUGGAAAAAGGCAAAGCUACAUAAUGUUGUUGAACUAAAUAAGAAAAACAGCAGGUGUAGUAACCAUUACUGUACAUAUACAGUUACAUAACAUUCAGUUUCAGUUUCAAAAUACUUUAAAUCAAUCAGCCUAAUUCACUCCUGGUAUAACUCCACUAACAGUAUUUAAAUUGCAUCAAGAAUUAUUUUUACUCAAUAAGCCUACAAAUUUAAAGGUCAGGCAUUUCAGGCUUAUAUACAGAUAAUAUGUUUAGUCAGUAAGCAAAGAAAGUUGCUAUGUAUGGUAGUGUGACCAGAUAUUAACUCUAAUAAUUUGCUACUUUUUUCAGAUUUUCUAUUUGUUACUUUUUGAAACAAAUGUUAAAGCUUCUUGGUGAACUAAUGAUAUGUGGAGAAAAGCACAAUACUGGUACAAAAGGUACCAGAAUUAAAGAUUUAGUUCUUGAUGGUCCAAACAUUUAAACUAGCGAUUAAUCUUAACAUGCAAGAAGUCCCACUGAACAUAGAGUAACUGGGGUGACUUGUAUGUGUAAAUCUUAGCAUGUGUGUUAAGUAUUUUUAUAGGGUAUCAGUUCCAAAAUCUGCAAGAUGUGUGACAUUUUUCAAAAAGCUUUAUAAAAAAUGUUGUUUUCAGUGUUAUGAUAUGGAUUAUUAUGAACAGUGGGACAGAUUCUGAACUCAGCUGCACUGAUAAAAAUCUGGAGUAAUUUUUUGCUUAAGUAGUAUUCCUCCAUGUUAACAUCAAUUUAACAGAUCAGAAUCUGUCCCAGUAAGGUCUCAAAAAAUAACAUGGAAAACAUUAAAAGUUAAGGAUACAUCUAAAGCUGGACACUUGAACAACUAGUUUCUGUGAUUAAAAUAUAACUUAAUCUGGAGAUGUCUAGGGUUGGUCAUUUAAGGUAAACAUCAAAAGCACUUCCAAUUAUUUUAUACUCACCUUGGAUCAGAUGCUCAGCUGGUGCAAAUCAGUACAGUCCUACUGACUUUAUAUGACUAUGUCACUUCACCCCAGCUCAGGAUCUGGUCCUUUGUAUCUACCAUAUUAUCUAAGCAUUCAGUUUGACUAUUUUACAAGGUGAAAAGUUACCUAAGGUGCAAACUCUACUCCCUAGACUAUCAUUUAUAUCUAUUCACAGGACAUGAUUUAACUGUAUCAUUUCAUACUUGAAAUUCAUUCUGCUAUUUUAAUAUCAGGGUACAAACAUGAAAAGGUGCGUGUGUUACUGUUUCUUUUAAAGGUGCAUAAUUACUUUUAUUCAGUGUGCUUAAUAAUUGUUGUUCAAUGCUCCCUAGGUUUCUUAUUCCAGCAGAAAAUCGUGUACGUGUACAACAGUCUGCAUCAGCUACAAAUGUACAAAACAUGAACUAAUGAUUUAUCUGUCACUUAAAUGUAUUGAUUUUCUUUUAAUUACAGCAAGGGGCUACAAAAAGGAAA